CGAGUAUAGACGGGCCACUUGUUAACUAUCCAGUAGUCUUGUGUUGCGCGCACCAGGUGAUAGAAAUCAUACGCAUGAGGUGUUUUACAGUUCGUUCCGAGAGAAUCCCUCAGCUCUCCUUAUUUUCUAUCGGCUUCCGUCUCUCAGUGCCAUCGGUCCCAUACAAAGUGUUUGUCUUCCAGCCGCAAUCAAAUCAGUCUGAACUGCGCUGUCGGUCCCGUUGAACGUGCGCGCGCGACAACCAGUUUUUUUUGGGGGUUUUGUUUGUCCGUGUUUGACUUGUUGUUUGUUUUCUUUUCGUUCUGAAGAAGAACCAAGAGCAGAAAAGAAUUUGGUUUUGUUUCAAAACAUAUCGCUGGUUUAGAACGUCCCACUGUGUGGCCGUACGAUUUGCAGAUCGUUGAACGCCUUCGUUUUUUUGUUUUUAAUUUGCAUCGAGAUGAUCAAAUUAAACGGCCAUUUCGGCUCGAUCCGUGGGCGAUUCUCCAUUCGCCAUUUGUUUUUGUUUAGCGCUUCGGCUUUGCUGGUCAUUGUCACGUACAGGCCUUACAGCAACAACAACAACAGCGCCGUCGUUGCCGACAAUAGCCAAGUCAUCGAUUUCGAUCGUCCCACCAGCAAGGAAUGCCGGCCAGUUAACAAAAUCGCCUUCAUGAAAACGCACAAGUGCGCUAGUUCGACCAUCGAGAACAUACUGUUCAGGCACGCAUUGCGAGAGAACCUGAACGUGGCCAUGCCGUUGAAGGGCAACUACCUUUCGCGGACGGAGUUAUUCAAUCGGAGUUCCGUUCUGAAUACACCGUGGGGGGGUUUGGCCGUGGACAUUUUCACGUUGCACAACCGCUGGAAUCGCGAGCAAGUCAUGGCUCUCAUGGGUCCGUCGACGUUCGCUUUCAGCGUCGUUCGCGAUCCCGUUGACCAGUUCGAAUCGCUCUACAAUUACAUGGGUUUGAGCGCCACUUACAAGACGGAUUUGAAAGGAUUCGUUCGGCUCUUGCGAACCAAUCAGAGCGUCAUCAAUCACAAGCCGCGCGGCGGGUUAGGCCGUUUCGGCCGCAAUCAGAUCGCGUUUGAUUGGGGAGUGUCUCCGAAAUUAUUCGAUAAAGACCCGGACGUGAUUCGCGAUCGCAUUCAGCAGCUGGACGACGAAUUUGAGUUGGUGCUCAUCGCUGAAAGGAUGGAGGAGUCGCUCGUCCUGUUGGCUGAUCGACUCUGCUGGCCUUUGGAGUACGUUACUCACCUGGACCUGAACGUGAGAAAACCGGAGCGAACGGUGCGACUUGAAGAGAGCGAGCGCCACGUUCUCGGCCGCUGGCUCAAUUUCGACACGGACAUUUACGAGCAUUUUUGUCGCCGAUUUGAUGACCACGUUGCCCGUUUCAACUCUUUCGGCCAGCCCGAUCGAAUGGAGGAACAGGUGCGACUACUUCGCCAGUUCAACCUCAGACUGCGGGAGCGUUGCGUGAUCCAGCGUGUCGGCAACGAAAAGCUCCGGGGCAAGUUUCUGGAAACGCACAACGACACUUUCGGUUAUCUCAUCCAGCCGAACAAGCCAGACUGUGACCCGUAUGCCAUGAGUGAGCCGGCCUACCUGCGCCUGUUCCGCGAGAAAUUGAAUCGACGUGCCAAAAUGGCUCUGAAAAGGAAUCCGUUCGUGCAUGCGCCUUCCAUUAGGACAAAAUGAGUUCUCUAUAUACGUCAGCCAAAAAUGAAUGGGCUUCUCUACUAAAGAAAAGAAAAGAAAAGAAAAAAAGGAACGUGAAUAGAAGAAAAGGCACACAUAAAAAUGUGAAAACCAAAACGACAACAAACAAAACAAAAAAUAAUAAUAAUAAUAAAAUAUUUAAUAUUUAUGGAUUGACCAAGUUUCAAUGAUUGAAGCGCCCCGGCUCUUUGUGCUGCUACCAUGCUGGCCCUGGUGGUCUCCCUUUCACUAUAAGCAUUUGUUGAUUCAUUGCACACCGAUUUAUGCCGCCUCCAUUUUCAAGUUUCAUUUUCAAAUGUUCGAAAGCUCGUGAAUUCGAUUCUUGAUUGUAAAUUAUGACCCUCGAUUGAAUAUAUUUAUUUAUAUACGUACGUAUAUAAUGGAAAGACUUGAUUUUUGGUUCAGAGAUUAUACCAACUUGAAGCUCAAGGGUAAUAAACUCUCUCCAUGUGAAUGCUUAAUGUUUCUCUUUCGUUUUCCUUUUGCUUCGUUUCUAAUUCCUCGUUUUUGCCUUUUGCCAAGUGAAUGGUGAUGCGUGUUUUUGUGUGUGUGUUUUGUGUGUGUGUGACAUUUGCUGGCAGUAAAACGUGCUGGUGUCUCGGAACAAAAUACAGGUGUUAUUUAUUGCA